UCCCUGUCCUGUUUUGUUGUGUGUGCUGCCUGUCUACACCAUCUUUGUGCAGGCUCUUUCUCCCAUCUCCCCUCUGCUCCCAGCAUUCGACUUGCGCAGUGGGUGGGGCCCUCCAUUUGGACAGCCACCAAUUAUGCCAGCACACACGUUUGUCAGCAGUUGGAUUGGGCCUUUCCUAGGGUGGCAUGUACUUUCCUUAUGGAUCCCUGGAUUGAAGAGCCCUACUGUGGGGAUGCUGUGUACCUGUGCACAUCCAUGGAGCAGAAGAGCACAGCUAGCGAUUUUGCCAGUGGUAAGCCCACGGAAAGCUUCCCCCUCCCAAACCACUUGUCUGGGCCCUUCAGGAUGGACUUCCACUGAGUGCUCAUCUAAGACUCAGGCAUCUUUGAUGGCUCCCCACGCCUGCUAGAUUACUUUUUGGCCCAUUUGGGAGAUUUCAUGACCUUUUACUUCAAGCACCGCAGGACAACCUGAGCUGUCUGUGAGAUCCUUGGACACCUGGAUGGCUGAGUCUGGGCCUGGACAGCCCCCUGCUUUGAUGGGGACCUGCUCCUGCCUGAUGAUUACAAGAUCUUCCAGGAUAUUGAGGCUUUUCAAGACCCAAACAGUUUAGCUGAGUACCAUGCCAUAGUUCCCUGUCCCUUACCUCUAGGCUCAGGCCAGCUGCCAGUGGCCCCACAACCAUCAUUAGUGAGGCAGUUCUUGGAGGUCCUAACACUGAACUUGGGCACUACUCUUAGGCCUGACCCAGCUGUUCUGGCCACCCCUGCUGUGUCCAGGCCCAAUUCUACAUCUGAAAAUGCUCUACCCAAGCAGCAGCUACCCAAGAAGAACAUCCCUGUAUCCCAGAAGUGCUCUGCCCUGUCAUGUUCUGCAUAUAACUCUGAUCCUGGUCCUGAGGGGCUAGCCACCUUCUAGCCAGAGAGGGCGACCCCAAAUGUAUCCCCACACCUUUACAAUAUGCUAUCCCCCUGCCCAGAAGUCAGAAAAAAGGAGGUUUCUGGAUAGAAGGGAGAGCAGAAGGUAUCCAUGGGUACACUACAGGGGGUGUUAAGUGCCCCAGAGAUCCCAGGAGAGCCACCCUUUUGUCCAUUUCCCUACCCUGCAUGCCUAAGUUCUGAGCGUGGUGCAGGCACGUGCAGCAGGUUCCCUUGUGAUUAAAUGCCCCACAUGGCUGUGGAGCUCCUUGGUCCUAGUCAGGGCAGAGUGGUGUCCUCAGGUGACUCUAUAUGACCCUGUCACUGAACGAGGAGGUGUACCUCGUCCUUCAGUCCUGCUGGGUUCCCAGCUGCAUCCUCACCCAUCACCUGGGUGUGCUGUCUUGCCAGGCCUGUUCCCACUAGUUGGUUAUUUCUGUAGAUCAGCUCCCAUUAGAUAGUUAUACCAACCUUGUCACUUCCUGUUCCCACCUACCCGCCCACCCAAACACCACUGUUGGCAUUUCUCAACAUUGGGACUGAAUUGGGUCUGCCAUACUUGGCCUGUUUGGAGGUGGUUUUGUACCGUAUCUAUGUUUUUGUUUCCCAUCCCCGACAUCCUGUUCCUUUAACUUGUGACCUCCAAGCUGGAAUGUAUGUAAGGUGACAUGGAGAAAACCGCUUUUUUAAUAUCACUUUUAAUGUUACACAUUUAUGAGGUACAUUGUGAUAAUUCAUUACAUACAGUGUAUACAAUGUAAUGUCACAUCAGAGAUUGGCAUUUCCAUCUCCUUAAACAUUUAUCAUUUGUGUUAGAAAUCUUUAAACUCCCUUCUUUAUAAAAAAUAUAAUUGUGUACAUUGUUGUGAACUGUA